UAUCCUUCAGGGUAAAAUUGUAAAGCUGCAACAUUUAGUGGAGUCGAGAUCGGGCCGCCGGCGACCUCACGGCCGGUGACGUAAGACAACGAACCAGCCCGCCGUCCGCCGAAGCCUUCUCUCGCCCUUCUCCUCUUCCGCUGCCUUCUGCUGGAUCGGCGUGGAGAGGGGAUCCAUCCAUCCUGACAUAGAUCGGUUCCUUCUUUGUCGGUUUCGUAGCAAUGGGGUUAUUCAAGGGCAGCUUCACUUUGAUGCUGGGUUUGGGAUGUGGUGUCUAUGUAGCUCAGAACUACAACGUUCCGAAUGUCAAGAAGCUAUUCAACACCUACAUUUUCCUGGCAAAGCAUAUCGAGGAAACCUACCGCAAGCCGAAGAAGGAUGACGACUGAUCGUUUACGUAGAUUUCCCCCCUCAUGCUCUGGGAAAGUGAAGUACAGCUAACGUGAUACGGAAACGUGCUUUUUAGAAAUGGUAAAGGCAGUUUUGAUGAUCAACAGAUUUUUGAUCUAUGGUGGAUUAUCUUGAUUAGUUGUGGAAUUCAAUUGGUGUAACAUUUCUUGGUUUUGUUAGGGCAUCAUAGUAUGUUGAAUGCCUAGACGAGCACUCACAUUUCGCUAGUAUUCCUGUGCCAGGGAAAUACAAAACUUUGUUGAAGUACAUUUACCAAGUUUACUUGGGAGAUAUGUUUACUUGGUAUUCAGAUUUGCCACUUUUAAAUGGCGGUAUUCCUGGAGUGGGAAACUGGGAAUUGCCACUACGGAUAAUGUAAAUAAUAUGCUUAUUUUGGAGUGCUUGACGCUAACUUAUUUUUGAAUCACCAUCCUAGGCGCUUGUACUAUGGGUUGAGGUGGUUGGAUUUUUUUAUUCAAGUGCAAAUGCCUAUGAUAGUGAUUGAAAGAUAAGAUGAAAAAGAGUCACAUCCUAGUGCAAUUAUUUUCCCACACUUGAAUCGUGGCGAAAGUAUUUAUCCGUGAAA